AUCACAUGCAUUUUAGCUGAAAUCGGGUAUUGACUAACCCGCUCUCUUCUUAUCGGACACAUUCAUUGCAGGAAAGGGACCACAAUACAAGGACAAAAAAGGCAAACACGUACUUACGCAAAUAAAAAUAUCUCCGAUCAACACAAGACACUGCGUUAUGUUAUGUGUAGUCUACAAUUUGAAUCUACAAUAAACUUUUUUCCCAGUUUUUAGGAAUAUACAAAGCAAUGAAAACAAUCGACUACUUGAAGCAUUCCAACCAGCUAGAUAAUUUCAACAGCAAGAUUUCUGCAAUUGCUUUACCCUUGGCAAUGUCUACACUGAAGUCCGAAUGUGAUGGCAAUUUUAGCGAAUCAUUCUUUGGAUCGUAUAGUUUUGUCCAUGAUCACAAAUCUUGUAAAGGAAAUUCUUCAAGUUUGGAUUACUUGAUACCAGACACAAAAUGGUGGUUAAAUCAUCGUUAUGGGUUUAAGACAGGUCUCGAGAGCCAACUGGUAGACGAAUAUUUUGCUUGCGCAAAAAACGAUGGUUCUAUUUGUUCGGACGAGUUCUCUGAAGUUCUUCUGCCCAGUUUUGACUCUUGCGAUUAUGGGCUCACUGAACAGCCUAUGAAGAGUUGUUCUGAAUCUGAUACUCAUUGGGUUGGGCUUGACAAAAUCAGACCUUGGUGGCAUGCAGUUGACAAGGAGGAUAUAGCAUCAUCUCAUGAUAAUGGGUCACUGAGUGUUGAAAAGGUUUUGGAUGGUUGUGAGAUUUGUUUUGGUCAAUUGGAAGAACGAAUGGAAGAUAAAGAGAAAACUAAGGCUUAUGUGUCGGAUGGAAAACGAGGAUUAACAGAGUGCAUGCUGCCAGAGUCGUAUAAAACUUUCGGCAGCCCAGAAGACAGUCCCCAUGCAUCCGAACCUGACUCCCCAAGCACAGGUCUAACCCGGGCCCAGCUGUUAGAAGCCCUAUGCCAUUCCCAAACGCGCGCGAGAGUGGCUGAAAAAUCGGCACAGGAAGCGUGUGACGAGAAGGACAAAAUCGUCAAUAUCUUUUUCCAGCAGGCCUCGUGCCUUUUUGCCUACAGACAGUGGCUCCGUUUGCUGCAGCUUGAAUCGCUGUGUCUUCAUCUUGGGAGGAGGCCCGCAGAUCCCAUUAAAGGCACAGCUUCCUCGAGGAAAAACGGGCCACGGGCCCGAAGAACAAAACGGGCUAAGCCCGGAUGUUGUGUAGGCAAACGAGCAAUUGCUUUUGCGGUGGGUUUUGCGCUUGCUGGCGCAGGUUUGCUUGUUGGGUGGACUGUUGGAUGGCUUCUCCCUGCUCUGUAGAAGUGCCUUUCCUUUUCUCUUUUGGCCAAUGUGUGGAUAUGUUUGUGUUUGAUAAUGAUUUCUGCAAAAUCAGGCUAUAUUUCAUAGUUGCAAAUACCCCUUGAAAUAUGUUUUUGUUUUCUAUAUUUUAGUUCGGCCUCAAUAGGGUUAUUUGUUAAGAAAAUAUGUAUUUUCAGGGGUAUAUGUGAAGUUGAGAUAUAGUUUGGUUCUGCUUGUAAUCAGGCCAAUUUCCAAGAUAGUUUUUGUAAUUAUCCGUAAAUUUAUAGGUUAAGAUGUGUUCUCUCUCUUUUUAGUUUUUACCCCCUCCCAUCAAAUGGGCUGUGUAUGCAAGUUUGGCUACAGAAGUUGGUUUUCAGUGUCCAGAUUGCUAGAAGUUAUUGUUUGUGUACAUGCUACAUAUAGUGGAUGCAAGUGAAAAAACUGGAACAUGGUAAGUUGAGUAUAGUUAUAUUAUGUACCUCAGUGCCUGUAUAUAACAAAAUUUAUUUCGAAUCAUUGUUGAUCAUAGACCUUAGCAAGUGGCAGA